AUGGAUUCAGAGGACGGGGAUUUCUUCAUCAAGCAGCUGGCCGGCUUCGUGCGCACGCACGAGAAAGCGCUGGCCAACGCUUUGCAGUUUCGAAGACAGUCAAAUGCCUCCAGGCAUGGCGCCUCACAAAGCGUGUCGGUUCUGCCGACCCCUCAAUCACUAGGUCCCGUGCCUGAACGACCUUCAACCUCCUCCUCCACAUCUGCUGGAGGACUCGCUGCUGCUCUGUCGCUUGGUUCCUUCAGCUUCACCUCCUCAAGCCUGAAGCCCGCCAAGUUGGCGCUUACGCCACACCACCUAUUCUAUCUCCUCUCUCGCUUCGAAGAACUGGGCAUCAAUGUUGGUCCGAUGAAGGUCCGCUUGGAGAAUUUACAUGAUGCUUCAAGCUCGGCCAACUACGUGUCAUUCCUCAACCCUUCUUCACGAACCCGCAGUGCUGAUGUUGCAUCUAUCCGAUCAGUCUCGAGCGUUAGAAGCGUCAUGUCUGGCAUGUCAGCUCUCUGGGCAAGCUUUGGCAUUGGUUCGGGCAUAUCCGCAGCAAGAGAGGAGAAGCAGAAGGCAGCCCUUGCUGCGGACAUGAAGUAUCUCUACUCAGCUUUCACCAAGAUACCGUGUCUCAGAUUGGCACCCGAUUGGCGUGCUAGGCUAAUACGUGGCUACGAAGAGUUCCCCUUUGACUCUGCUGUCCCCCUAUACGUCUUUAAGAACCUGCAGGCAUUGGAGAUCAGUGGUAUUGAUUACAGGCAAUUCUUCGGCUGGGACCGCCUUGCUGACCAACUCCGAUCUCUGACCUUGAAAAGAGCCGGUAUCGAUGACCCUGCAGAUAUUCUCAUUGACAUUGUUCUGGAUGACAUGGACAAGCGACGGCGUCGGACGGGCAAGGCCCAACACUCGCCGACGGCCACUAAUCCCAGCCCCCGAAGAAGUCCUACAUUGCAGCACGCUGAGUUGCACAGGUCUGGGUCCACGCCGGGAUCGCCCAACCCGCACAGCUCGAUUGGAGAUCUCCCAGUCGGCUCGGUCGGUACGGAUUCCUCUUCGCCGAGUGGCAGUCGACGUCCGUCAGUUGCUAGAAUUGAGACCGAUAUACCACAAUCUCCGAAUAAGUCUGGUCGUCCACGAAGCCAUUCCCCUUCACGCCCCAUAAGCUCCCGUCAUCAUACCACUCCAGCUACGACUAGGCAUUCCUAUAAGGUUAGGCGCUCCGGUUCUGGCAGUUCGCACUCCAGCCUGUCUGAUUCAUGGCACAAUGCUCGGAACAGUACUUCAAACCUGUUAGCUAUGGGCAUUCUCCCAGCGUCAAAAUGGCGUUUCUUGAAGCAUCUUAGUCUUGCAGACAACUCUAUGACUGCUAUUCCCGCGCCAAGUCUUGCUCCGUUGGCGAAUACGCUGUACUCCUUGGAUCUGUCUACAAACCUCUUUACUCAGAUCCCCGACAGCCUGGCAACUCUUACUGCUCUCCGUGCUCUAAAUUUGUCUCACUGCAUGAUAGAUUCGCUACACUCUUUGACGCGCAAUCCUCUGCCAGCCAUUACGGCCCUGAACCUGCGUGCCAACCGUCUGCAGUCUAUCGCCGGUAUUGAAAAGCUAUACCCACUAGAAAGACUCGACCUUCGGGACAACCGUUUGACGGAUCCAUUGGAAAUAGCGCGCCUGACUGGUAUUCCGGAGAUUCGGGAGAUAUGGGUUGAGGGCAAUCCCUUUACACGCACGCACCGCGAUUAUCGUGUGACAAUAUUCAAUCUGUUCCGGAGAACGCCUGGUUACACCGAGGAUGUUAUCAUCGAUGCUUCCGGCCCAACCUACUCGGAAAAGAAAUACCUCGUGGAACGGGUUGCUAUCCCCGCCGCUGUCCCAGUGGUCAGACCACCUGUACCAGAAUUGCCAGCAGUCGACGUGAGUAAGCCCACAAUUAUUUACGAUACGCCGAGAGAAGCAGCUGCAAUCAGGAAGGAGAGGCCACAACCCAAAGCCGUCGCCAGCGAGAUCAACACCAGCUCAACGCGACGAAAGCGGACACCGAAACGUAGAAUAGUUGACUUGGCCACGACACCCAGUCAGACUAUUGACAUCAAAGAGUUGGCAGCCGGAGGCGUCAUCGGAGCUGGCGUAGAGAGCAACUAUCGUAUUUCACAACACCAAGAGUCUCAGAAAGCAGGUGUGAGCGAGUCAAGACCGAUGGCCCCUCUCAAUACUGCUGAAGUUCCUCGUAUAAACACGAGUAUUGGAAAUCCAGAACUUCCUACUUUCUCAAACGCCCCAUUCCAGGCAUCCAAAGACACUCAAGAUUGGAGCACAAGUGGCGAAAUCUACCGGCAGAAAAUAGAGACACUGCGAGACCAGGUAGGAAAUGGAUACUUGACUGUUCUCAACGAGGAGAGCUGGGAAUCAAGUCGACCCGCUACUUUUGUUGGGGACUACAGCACAACAUCGGCUGUUCGACCAAGCCUUGCUACACCUCGAACUCCAAGCGUGCAGACGAUCACAAGCGGCCGGACGCUUUCGUGA